AAAUACAGAUGCAUCGUCAAUAAGCUCAACUUGAUUGUAAACAGUGCGUGACUUGCUACGCCUCUGCAUGGAGUAACGUUAAUGUGACUUGCGAGGAGACACUGAUAUUAUACGCAGUUUAAUCGACUUAUGAUUAGAUGGAUUGCUAACAUAAUCGUAACACAGCCUACAUUGAAUUGCAAUAUAGUAAACGGACACAACGACGAUUCGAUUACAUGAUGUAGUUAGCUACGAUGGCUAGCAAGUAAGAUUUGCCUUUUAAAGGUAACGUUAGCUAGCUCCGUCACUAGAACUACCUUGCCGAGCUACACAAACUUGCAGGUAACUUGUUUAAAUGGCUAACGAGAUGAUGGUACCGUGUUUUAACCGGAUGAUUAUCUGUCUACAUUAGUAAUACGAUAUAUUUAUAUAGCUUGUAAGUUUUCAUUGAAUUCGAUGUCUUUGAAUCAGGUAUGACACCAGCUAUGCUAGCCAGUACUGUUAGCCAGAUCUGGCUAGCUAGCUAGCUGUCUGUCAUAUGUGGAUGACAGCCAUGGAAAAGUGGUCUCGUUUUGUGCAUUCUAGAUAACAGGUGUAACUUAACUCAUUAGCCCAUUUUUAGAUAUUUCUUUUCCGGAAAUAAUUGUGUAUAAAAGCUCUUUUAGCUGAGCUGUUGUCAGCUAAGUAAGAUACAAUCUUAAUAGCUAAGACUAGUUAAUGCGCCUUACAAUGAAGUUUGCAGUUUCACUGGCACUAAAACAAAUAGCUUCGUAAAUGGUCGUUUUUGCACAAUGGUCAUUUUGCCGUAUAUGUCGGAAAUUAUCAGGUUAUUUGAGGAUCUGUUUGUGUUUUGAGGGAGUUCCAUAUUACAGGAGUUGGCUACGAUCGGUGCCUUUAUAGAAUAUUAUUACGCCCUCCUAAAGGUAGUCACCGAUACGUUUUGAAAAUGGCCAGAAUUCAACAAGGGAACGGAUUGCUGUCGAGUGAGUCAAAAAGUUUUCGAGGCACCACAGAGAGCGUGGACAAGCUUGAUGACAACUCCUCGGAAUCUGCUGUCAACGGCCUUGACAACACUGAAGUACAGACCGACAAAUAUGGAUUCAUUGAGGGUGCCCAACAGUAUUCUUCAAAUUCCGCCGAAGACGUUCCUCCAGAGAUCCUCAGGCAGAGGGAGGCCAAGUGGCUGGACAUGCUCAACAACUGGGACAAGUGGAUGGCCAAGAGACACAAGAAAGUGAAGGUGCGUUGUCAGAAGGGCAUCCCUCCCUCUUUGCGGGGCCGUGCCUGGCUUUACCUGUCAGGGGGGAAAGUGAAGAAGGAGCAAAACCUGGGCAAGUUCCAGGAGCUGGACAGUCAGCCAGGUGACCCACGCUGGCUGGAUGUGAUCGAGAAGGACCUGCACCGACAGUUCCCCUUCCACGAGAUGUUUGUGGCGCGGGGAGGCCAUGGGCAGCAGGAUCUAUUCCGUGUGUUAAAAGCCUACACUCUCCACCGGCCGGAGGAGGGCUACUGCCAGGCCCAGGCUCCCAUCGCUGCCGUUCUCCUCAUGCACAUGCCUGCUGAGGAUGCAUUCUGGGGUUUGGUGCAGAUCUGUGAGAAGUACCUCCCCGGAUACUACAGUGCUGGACUGGAGGCCAUCCAGCUGGACGGGGAGAUCCUGUUUGCGCUGCUGAAGCGCGCCUCCCCCGUGGCGCACCGCCACCUGAAGAAGCACAAGAUCGAGCCCAUCCUCUACAUGACCGAGUGGUUCAUGUGCGCCUUCUCGCGCACACUGCCCUGGGCCUCGGUGCUACGCGUCUGGGACAUGUUCUUCUGCGAGGGGGUGAAGAUCAUCUUCCGGGUGGGGCUGGUGCUGUUGAGAUGCAUGCUGGGAUCUCAGGAGAAGCUGAAGGCCUACCAGGGCCAGUACGAGACCAUGGAGCUGCUCAGGCACAUCGAGCCGCGCUACAUGCACGAGACUUUCCUGGUCAACGAGGUGAUUGAGCUGCAGGUGUCAGAGCGGGACGUGGAGAAGGAGCACCUGUCCCAGUUGCGGCGCUGGAAGGAGACGCACGGCGAGCUGCACGCCAAGUCCCCUCCCAGGAUGCACGGCGCCCGCGCCAUCAUGAGCGCCGAGCCGCCCAGCCGCCAGGACCUCCGCCAGAACCCCACCAUCAUCGUGGAGUCGCCGGUGGCGGUCGAGAACGACGGGGGACGGCCAGCAUCCGCCGAGGACAAGAAGACGAAGAAGGUGAAGAAGAAGACGAAGGGCAAGGGCGAGAAGGAGGAAGAGGCGGAGGACGAGGAGAGGGGACAGACGGCAGCGGUCGCGGAGUUGCCACCGGUGGAGGUGACCAACCCGUACCCCGCGCUCGCCGAGCCCGAAGACUCACCGAGCACGCUGGGGUCACAGCAGAGUCUAAGCAGCGGCGAGCACGACACCUACCUGUAGGGUCGGGGUCGGGGUGGGGUGGCGUGGUGGGGAGAGGACAUUUGACCCUGCUGCUGACCAGCCACAGACUGCCAUCGCCACGCUGUUGUAUCGGCCAUCCAGCGUGACCGAUAUGGGCGUAUCCAUGGAAAACCCCCAUCCACGAUUUAACACUCAGGAUCUUUAACUGGAAGGGAGGACGUUUUGGCAACCAAGGGAGCAUCGAUCUACUGCCAAAGUUUCAGGAGUGAAAGGCAUCAAAUGAGUGGGAGAGACGUGGUGGGGCUUUGUGUCUUUUUGCACAGAUGAGAGGGGUGUGGAUGUCAGUGACAUGGCAUGGGGAGAAGGUGGGGUGAUUUUUAAUCAAAGACACUUUUGUUUGGGUGGCAUUUAUAUUUGUGGAGAGGGGCCUAACAGGUACACACAGACAUAUACACACACACUCUCACUCACAGCCAUAGGGUAGAUGCUGCAGAGCCGAUGAGAACCUAGAUCUGGUAUCCUCCUCCAAGGCCUGCAGCUAAUGCAUAGCCACGGAUACAGACCCCAUAAUGCACUACAGGGCCAGGAGAGUGGGCAGCUGACCUGGCUCAUUGGUUUAGCUCUGUGCUAAAGCAGCCUUUGCCAUAUCUUCCUCUUCUCAGUAAAGCUGUAUGCCCUGAAGAGAUGACCUCUUGUCAAACUUGCCCAUUUGUUUUCGUAGUUUCUCUAACACCAGUGUCUCAGAUAGUACACAGUGGUGCUGCUAGUUAUCACACAUGUCAUAUCAGAUGGCUUAUAAUAUAUAGAUCCAUACUGCCCCAGCACACCAGAUAAAGGGUGGUGAUCAAAGCAAAGUGGUCCAUGGUGAGGUUAUACAACAGUUGUUAAGGCUCUAGGCUCACUUUCUCAGAUAGCAGAAAAAUAAAGUUGGUCUCUAACUUUGUUAUUUCAUACAUGACUCGUAAGUUAUCAGGAGUUGAUGAAGGACCAACAGGAGUCUCAGGCAUUAGGGAGGUUGUACGUCAUGUGUUACCAUUUUCAAUCUGGUAACAGUUUUUCGAUUCCAGUACAUGACAAAAAUGUGUUGAUGUGGUGGAAGUUGUCUUCCUGGGUAAAUUUGCAUCACUAUUUAAUGCCACAGAGUUUCCGCUUUUUGCCUACUUAAUGCCGACCAAGUGGCUCAGAAAGGGAAAUGAAACAGCUAGUACUCCGUGUGAAACUUUCAUCUCUUCAUCGACUCCUGUUUGACAUCAGACAUCAUGCAAAUGUAUAAGUGCUAACCUGUGAGCCAAGUCGGCUAGUGUUUCCCAGUCUGAAUGGACACCAUCACCAGAUAGUCCUGUUCUGCAUCAAUGCAGGUUCUUGUUUUCCAGACUCUUAACUAGACCACCGUAUUCCACUCUGGUUGUAGUGUCUCUGUUUGGCCACAGGGUGGCCCUGGUGGACCUCUUUUAGUAUCUGGAGGUUGUGAUUUGGGAUAAUCCUGGUGGCAAAAAGCGAACUGGAUUUAGCUGCAAUGGAAGUUUAUUUCUCAUUUGAUCACUAUAGGCAAGCUGGCCAUUUUGAUGCAGAACACAAAAGAGCUGUCUUAUCCAGGUUCACCUGAGGCACUGAUCACCAUAUGCACAUCUUUAAAUAUUGUAGUACAUUUCAUCCCCACUGCUUACAGGUAUAGCUACCUGUGUAUUGGUGCUUAGUGACUUUUACUGUCAGCUUUUAAGACACACACACACACACACAAAGACCCUUUAUGCUGAGACAACAAACCCAAUGCUGCUUCAUAGAAUGCAUUGAUCAUGAUCAUUUCUUGACUUACAUGCUAGGACACUUUGGUGGCUCUUCCCAUGGUUUAGCAGGAGAGCAAGGGUAGAGUGGGAGAAUGAGUGGGUGAAUGCCAGAUUCACAGACCUUUCCCAUUCUUAGCCAAUCACAUACACGCUCUGAACCCAACCAGGCAGCUGUGCCUCAACAGUCCUUCACAGCUCGACGUCAAUCAGCAGUAUGAAAUCUUAGUAUGGAGUAUGAGUAGCCUACUAAGUAUCAAAUCUUAGUAUGGAGUAUGAGUAGCCUACUAAGUAUCAAAUCUUAGUAUGGAGUAUGAGUAGCUUACGAAGUAUGAAAUCUAAGUAUGGAGUAUGAGCCUACUAAGUAUGAAUCCAGACAUAUCUCUGCAAGCAGUACAAUCAGACCACUAGCGUGUACACUCAAGCUCUGCAUCUGACCACCACUCGGACAUGUUUCACACUUCGUCUUCAUGAUGGACUUUCAGAGAUAGAUGAGAGAGUUAGCACUACUCUGCCUGUCUUUGGUAAUGUUACUGAGAAAUAUUUCGCACGUUUAUUAAUGUACAGAUCUGUGACUAUUUUGAAGGGAUGUUGUAUACAGCACCUUUGGGAACAACAAUGAAAAAAGGAGUCUAUUUUUUUUCCUUGUGUAUAAAGUUGUACAUUGCUUAGCCAAUUAUAUAGAUUUUAAUAGGGGAGAAAAGCACUUUGUCCUCAGCCAAAUCCCUCAUUUACUUAAUAUCUGGUUUGGUUUGGUUAGAUUUGGUUAGGUCAGGAGUUUUUGCAUGGGAUGAUCCUUCAUCAUAUUUAAUUAGUUCUGUAUGUUAAACUUGUUUUAUGCGUUCCCUAUACAAACACUUUUCCAAUGAAUCGUACCCUUUGCCACGGUAACCUGUACCAGUCAUCCAUGGGAUGUUGGUCAUCUUCCCUCUGGUGCUAACGCUUGUUAGCUGCCGUUCUGUUCCUACGUGAUUGUCUGAUUUCCACUGCAGAUGCAAAGCACUACGGGAUUGGAGAGGUCAUCAGACCGCAUAGGAACUAUAACCGUGCAGACAAGCCUCAUGGUUGUAUCUUGUCAAAUGAUCGGACCGUUUCUGUAUUCCUGUCCUAAAUCGAUGUAAGACCAGAAUUUUUUGAUGAUUAAUAUAUGUAUGAGAGAGGCCUAAAGCAUUUAUUUGAGUUCAUUUUGGGAGUGCCGAUUUAUCAGUUGUAUGAAGAGAUUUUAUUGAAAGAGAGAUGUUGUGCCAAAGCACUUUAAGACCGUUGAAGGAAAUUCAUCGUCUCUUUUUUUUUAGUUGAACAUUGAAACAAACAAGUGUCGACCUGAUUGUGAAAUGGUAAUGAAACUAAUGGACCAAUCUAUGCACAUUUAUUUCUGUACCUUGUGGACCAGAAGAUGUUGGCACAUGUCCUCUUUAUGUUCACUCUUCCAAUAGAAUGAAGUGUUGUGUCUUUGGAAGGCUGGAUUCCUGUCACCUCUCCCUCAAAAUAAAAUUUGAUACUAUGUCACAA